AUGGCGACGAGUUUCUUGCAGUACUGCGCCAUGUGCGAAAAGCAGAUCACCACCCCCUCCAACUCCAUCCUAUACUGCUCCCAGGCAUGCCGCCGCAAAGACGCGACCAAGCCCAUCAGCGCCUCGAUCCUCCCACCCUCACCUACCACUCCCUCCACCCGAAGCGGCGCCAACAGUCGUUCCGUCUCCCCACAACGCGCCUCGACCCCCUCAAUGCCCAGCUCCCCAGCCCCGACUAUUCGGAUACCCGCCGACCAACAUGGGUACAAGGCCGAUCUUGACCCGACCGAGUGGAAGCCGAAAUUACGAAGGCCUGAUGGCCUGCUCCGAGGUGCGCACAUGCGGAAGAGUGAGGCGUAUCGGUAUCUGGCUAGCUUUCAUAGUCGGGCUAUGCUGGGUCAUGAGGGAGGGGAUGGGCUUAGUGGUAAUGGGGAGGGAAAGGUUGGGGUGCAUCGGUAUAGCUCAAGCAUGUAUGCGGUUCCGACUAUGGGCACGCCGAGUUUGAGUAAUACGCCGACGACGACUUCUAGCAGCUUUGAUGGCAGCUGGGAUAAAGCCAACGGCAGCGGCGGCGUUGGUGGACAUGCUGCAAGCGUCGGUGCUGAUGGCGAGUAUCCUUACGACUUCAGCACUCGUCCACUGCAGUCGAGGUGCAACCCGCUUUACGCUAUAGGGAGUGGAGCAAAGGUUGAGGACCUCGUCACGCCGUUUGUGCCGCCGAAGGUGUUCGUUGGGCCCGUGGAAGAUGAUACUGUCGUCGGCACUGCUGAGGACUUCUGGGGAAAGCAGAUGGUCACGGCUGGUAGUGGCGGGAAGGAACAUGGCCUUAGCAAGCUGCUGAGCAAACGCGGACUGUAA